AUGAAUGUCCCGACGAGUCACAAAACUUCCACUACGACGUCCAAUGACACUGAAGCCACGUCGACGAUUAGUUGUUACAAUUGUCGUGGGAGAGGACACAUAUCGCGUGACUGUCCGCGUCCACAACGUCCAAUGAAGUGCUCCGGGUGUGGUUCGGACCAACACCGACGAAGUGGCUGUCCCGCACCAACUGUGGGUAAGUCCAAUAAUGGUGAAUCCGGACAAGCAUAUCAGGUCAAUGCGGCACACGUCGUUAUACGAUCGAACCCAUUUGAGAAGUCCGUCUCGUUGAACAACGUCCAGCUCUCAGGUUUGAUCGACACCGGCUGUUCAGCUGUAUUAGUACGCCAAUCCGCCGCGACAAAGUGUGGCUUAACAGUACUGCCUCGGACGAUUCCGCUUUUCACCGUAGGCAGCGUGAACCAACCUAGUACCUGUGCGGUGGGCGAGGCACAAGCGAACGUGACAAUCGAUGGUGUGUCCGCCGAAAGUCAUGAUUUGAAAAUCGUGGACGACAACUCGAUCCCUGUGGAUGUACUGGUGGGACGCACCUGGUUAGAGCUCCCCCACGUUGGUUAUUAUAAACAAGGGAAUGAACUAGUAAUAGAAACAAACUGUCAUCUCGAGGGUACAGUAUUGACCGACGAAACGUGUUGUGGCGAUGCACAAGUGCUGGCGGUGGAGUGCGAAAACGAACAAUUCCCCGUGGUCCCGAUCUUCGGCGACGAAGUGAACAUUGAUCCCGGAGUGGACGCCGACGGUCGGAAAAUUUUGCUGUCACUUCUCAACCGUUACCGCCAUGUCUUUGCAAAGUCGAUCAGAGAAUUAGGCUGCACGAAUCUACUGACUAUGGAUAUCGUCGAAGCAGACAAUAGCGUUCCCGUCCGAAUGAAACCCUAUAAAACGUCGCCGACCGACCGACGUAAGAUAGCCGAAAUACUUCAAGAAUGGAAACAAGCAGGCAUUGUUUCUGAUUCGGCCUCGCCUUACGCCAGUCCGGUCUUGUUGGUCGACAAGGCCAACGGUGAAAAAAGACUGUGUGUCGACUAUUGA